GUGUGAUGACGCGAUGCUCCGCAAGCCUAUAGAGGGAUCGAGGGAGACUGGUAUAGAUGGAGACAUACUGAUAGAGGGAAGGAAGACGUCGUGGCACUAGACCUGUAGUGUAUGGGAAUAUCAAGUAGAGAGAGAAAGAGAUAAAUAUAGCUUCAACAAUUAGAGAGAGAGAGAGAGUGAGAGAACACGGGCUGUGAAUUCGCGGACGACAUGAGAUCUCUACAUAAAUAGUAUAAAAUGUUUUAAGACUCAGCGUUUUGCCUUACACACGUCUUGUCCGAAGACAGCCACUAAAACGGGACUACACAUCAAGUUCAGGUAUGUAACACGGAACCACAACCAGAUCCAUCUUUAGAAAAAUCCGUUAGGCAAUGUCGGUUAGAGAAUGUUGAUAUUGUGUGGCGUUGCCUCACUUAGACGGUUACGCACGCGAUUCUUGCCAUGGUAAAUAUGGGGCAAGAGUUUUUUGAUUGCAAACCGUUAUUUCUACCAUAUGUUAAAAUUCAUCUGGACAUGUAUGUUGCUGUUAAUGCAUCAUAAACCGUGUGAAUUAUCGCCAGGAAUGGGAGAGUGGAUGAUAUUCUAUGCAGGGAUCUAACAUGUCUCGUUUUGAGGAUGAAAGGAGGAUUUGGAGGAUGUGAUGCGCCUGUGAAAUGAUGCCACCGCCACCAAAGCGAGAUGGCGUUCCUUCUUCCUGUGGUAUUUAUGAAUGAAAGGGGCAGAGUAGGCUAGCCUGUGAUGUCGUAUUCUAGACCCACUGACAACAAACGAGGUCGUUUUUAACUCUUACUUUGCCUAUAGCAUACCCUGCUGCAAGCCCGCCAUGGACAUGCAUUAUUACACACAUACACACACACACACACACACAUUAGGCUACAUUCCACCAACACGAUGGCAACGUGACGCAUAGCCUCUAACAGUAGGCCUAUGCUAAACCAUUUUUAAUCCCUCCAUAUUUUCAUGCGGUCCAUCUGGACAUUGUACGCAUGCCUGAUUAACAUUAUAUGUGCUGUUUAUGGCAGGCUUUCUUCCAUGACUAUCCUGUAACUGUAGGUGUGUGUGUUUGUUCCCGAUCCUUGUGUUUGUGUGGGUUCAUAGUAGGAGGGAGGGGAGGGAGAGGAGAGGAGGGGAGGGGAGAGGAGGGGAGGGGAGGGGAGGAAAGGAAAGGGGGAGGAGAGGAGGGGAGGGAGAGGGGAAGGAGAGGGGAGGGGAGGAGAAGAGGGGAGGAGGGAGAGGAGGGGGAGGAGAGGAUAGGAGAGGAGAGGAGGGGGAAAUGUCUUUAUUCUUUUGGAACUUCUGAGUGUAAUAUUUACUGUUUUAAUAUUUAUUGUUUAUUUCACUUUUGUUUACUAUCUACUUCACUUGCUUUGGCAAUGUUAACAUACGUUUCCCAUGCCAAUAAAGCCCUUAAAUUGAAAUUGAAUUGGGAGAGGAGAGGAGAGGAGAGGAGAGGAGAGGAGAGGAGGAGAGGAGGAGGAGAGGGGAGGGGAGGAGAGGAGAGGAGGAGAGGGGAAGGAGAGGCGGAGGAGAGGAGGGGGAGGAGAGGAGAGGAGAGGGGAGGGAGAGGAGGAAGAGGGAGUGGAGAGGGGGAGGGAGGAGAGGAGGAGAGGAGAGGGGAGAGAGAGGAGGGAGAGAGGAGAGGAGGGGGAGGAGAGGAGAGGAGAGGGAGAGGAGAGGGGAAGGGAGGGAGUGGAGAGGGGGCGAGGGAGGAGAGGAGGAGGGGGAAGGAGGAGGGGAGGGGGGAGAGUGGGAGGAGAGGAGAGGAGGAGGGGAGGGAGAGGAGAGGGAGGGAGGAGGAGGGGGAGGGAGGAGAGGAGGAGAGGAGGAGGGGAGGGAGGCGGAGGAGAGGAGAGGGGAGGAGGGAGAGGAGAGGGAGGGAGAGGAGAGAGGGGUGGAGAGGGGAGAGGAGGAGAGGGAGGAGUGGAGAGGGGAGGAAGAUCAGGAAAGGAGAGGAGGUGAGAAGAGGAGGCAAUCGGGACCAUGGCAUGGUGUGUAGGUGGGUGUUGGAGGAAAUGUGUGUGUGUGUCAUCUUCCAUGCCCACGUUAUGGUUGCAUCAGAGGACACAUCAGAGUUAGGAUUAGUAAUGGUUAAUAGUUGUGUUGGUGGUUAGGAAGCAUCGUAUUGACCUUUCUAGCAUAGCCAGAUAGUUACAAACCCAUAUACUGUCUGUUCUAGCAUGGUGAUAUGGUGACCAGCAAGUUUCUGAUUCCUUUUUAAGAAUGACGCAUGAGUGUCCUGAAAGUAUAAUAAGCACGUUUUUAUGAGUGCCACCUAUUUCCUCUGAUGUUCAUUUGAUUUUUGGCUGCACCUCGGCUCACACUGGUUGAAGUGCUGUCUGUCCGCUCCUCUCCUGCUGUCUGUCUGUACGCUCCUCUCCUGCUGUCUGUCUGUCUGUCCGCUCCUCUCCUGCUGUCUGUCUGUACGCUCCUCUCCUGCUGUCUGUCUGUCUGUACGCUCCUCUCCUGCUGUCUGUCUGUUCCUCUCCUGCUGUCUGUCUGUACGCUCCUCUCCUGCUGUCUGUCUGUCCGCUCCUCUCCUGCUGUCUGUCUGUCUACGCUCCUCUCCUGCUGUCUGUCUGUCCUCUCCUGCUGUCUGUCUGUACGCUCCUCUCCUGCUGUCUGUCUGUCUGUACGCUCCUCUCCUGCUGUCUGUCUGUCCUCUCCUGCUGUCUGUCUGUACGCUUCCUCUCCUGCUGUCUGUCUGUCCUCUCCUGCUGUCUGUCUGUACGCUCCUCUCCUGCUGUCUGUCCUGUCCUGGACGCUCCUCUCCUGCUGACUGUCCGUCCUCCCUUCUGUCCUGUCUUAAGCUCCUCUCCUGCUGUCUGUCUGUCUGUACGCUCCUCUCCUGCUGUCUGUCUGUCCUCUCCUGCUGUCUGUCUGUACGCUCCUCUCCUCUGUCCUGUCUGGUCUGUCCUCCUCGUCCCUGUCUGUCUGUCUGUCCUGUCUGUCUGUGCCUGCUCUCUCCUGCGUCUGUUAUCUGUUUUCUGCGUCCUGCUCCUCUCCUGCUGUCUGUCGUGCUGUUCUCUCCCUGCUGUCUGUCUGUCCUGCUCUGUCUGUCCUCUCCUUCUGUCUGUCUGUCUGUCGUCCUCUCUGUUGUCUGUCUGUCUGCUCUCUCCUGCUGUUGUCUGUCGCCCUUCUGCUGUCGUCUGUCUCUCUGCCUGUCUGUUCCUCUCCUUCUGUCUGUCCGCGCUCUCCUGUUGUCUGUCUGUCCGCUCCUCUCCUGCUGUCUGUCUGUCUGUUCCUCUCCUCUUGUCUGUCUGUUCUUCUCCUGCUGUCUGUCUGUUCCUCUCCUUCUGUCUGUCUAUCCUCUCCUGCUGUCUGUCUGUCUGUCCUCUCCUCUCCUGCUGUCUGUCUGUUCCUCUCCUUCUGUCUGUCCGCUUCAUCUAAUGCUGUCUGUCUGUCAGCUUCCGCUACUGCUGUCUCUGUUGUUCCUCGCCUCUUGCUGUAUGUUUCUUCUCCUGCUGUCUGUCUGUUCCUCUCCUUCUGUCUGUCUAUCCUCUCCUGCUGUAUGUCUGUCUGUCCUCUCCUCUCCUGCUGUCUGUAUGUCCACUGUGUGUGUGUGUGUGAAGGAGGUGUGCUACUAAGUUAAGACCUGGGAAUUGGGUCAAUGCAGACAGUCCAGAAGAACAGAGAGGUUAAGCUCAAUGAUUAGCUGCUAAGCCUAGACCCCUGUGGUGCAAUCUGUAACACACACACACAUAAACACACUUAAUAAAUACAAACACACGCACGCACACACACACACUCACACACGCACGCACGCGCACACACUCACACAAAGCCCAUCUUAAUGUCGGGGCAAUCUGUUGGAGUGAUGGAAUGAAGGGAUUGUUGUCUAGAACUGGGAUGAAGAGGUGGUUUUAAUGUUCUACAAACAAAGCUUUCUAAUGUGAAAUAUACAUGUGGGACACUGAGAUUUUAAUGCUUAUUUCCUCUGUUUGCAUCACUCUCCAUCACACCCAUGCACAGGCACACACGCAUGCAUGCUCGCACACCCACAGAGAGAACAGAUGAAGCAUUGAAGCAGUGUGUGAUGAGAGGUGAACAGGAGAAACCCAGUCAGAGUUUGGUUCCAUUCUAUACAUCUAUACAUCUGAGUGAGUGAGUGAGUGAGUGAGUGAGUGAGUGAGUGAGUGAGUGAGUGAGUGAGUGAGUGAGUGAGUGAGUGAGUGAGUGAGUGAGUGAGUGAGAGAGAAUGGAAGAUGCCUGAACUCAUGUGUACACAGAGUAUCAGUAUGUAUUUCCCCUGGCUGCAGACACACACCUCCUCUAGCUGUGAUAAGAUCUGCCUGCAGACGUCAGCCAAGGGGGUGUGAAACUGCAUUCAUUCAUAAGGGCGACACACAAUAACACAUACACAAUAACACAUACACAAUAACACAUACACAAAAAGCUGACAGGUGUGUGUGCGUGCGACAAGCAGACAGACAGACAGGCAGACAGACAGACAGGCAGGCAGGCAGGCAGACAGACAGGCAGGCAGGCAGGCAGGCAGCUAACCAGUGAGACUGACACACACACAGACACACACACAUACACACACAGCCACACACACACACACACACACAGGAGAAGAGGAGAGGAGAGGAGAGAUGAGGAAGGGAGAGAGAGAGAGAGAGAAGGACAAAAGCAGAGGAGAGGAGUCUUGGUCUGUGCCAAAGUGAUCUCCUAAUGUAGAGUUGGCUGGGCUGGUCCAGAUGGAUUUAUACCAUUAACUCAUUAAAGCACUCUAUCCUUCCAUCUCUAUUCAUCAGAGAAGGGCAGGAAAGAAAGAUGGUCAGAGUGAGACAGUCCCAUUUGGGAGGAGUGUCAUCAAUCUCUGUGCCCUAGUGUCAAGGACGGAAGAGGGUGUGUGUGGAUCUUUAGACUGAAGUUCCCACAUUGUUCCAUGAAUAUUAGUAUGUCUGCAUCUAGUGUUUCUGUUCUAGUUUGAAGUGGGUUUAUAAUUUGAGUGUUGUCAUUUGGUGUUAGAGGUCCUAAUAACCAGUGUUUAGCCCCAGAGCUGUUCAAUAAUACACACACACACACACACGCUGCAGAGAAAGCAGAAUCGUAUUUGAGGACUAGAUUCAGAUACAGAAAGAUGAGUUGUGGUAAGUUAACUGUAGUUCAAAGCUUUUGUUUCAUCAGGGAUAACCUCUUAGUCAGUGCAUGUGGCUGUGUCUACCUGGGGUCAGUACAUGUGGCUGUCUCUACCUGGGGUCAGUACAUGUGGCUGUGUCUACCUGGGGUCAGUACAUGUGGCUGUGUCUACCUGGGGUCAGUACAUGUGGCUGUCUCUACCUGGGGUCAGUACAUGUGGCUGUCUCUACCUGGGGUCAGUACAUGUGGCUGUGUCUACCUGGGGUCAGUACAUGUGGCUGUCUCUACCUGGGGUCAGUACAUGUGGCUGUCUCUACCUGGGGUCAGUACAUGUGGCUGUCUCUACCUGGGGUCAGUACAUGUGGCUGUCUCUACCUGGGGUCAGUACAUGUGGCUGUCUCUACCUGGGGUCAGUACAUGUGGCUGUGUCUACCUGGGGUCAGUACAUGUGACUGUCUCUACCUGGGGUCAGUACAUGUGACUGUCUCUACCUGGGGUCAGUACAUGUGGCUGUGUCUACCUGGGGUCAGUACAUGUGGCUGUCUCUACCUGGGGUCAGUACAUGUGGCUGUCUCUACCUGGGGUCAGUACAUGUGGCUGUCUCUACCUGGGGUCAGUACAUGUGGCUGUCUCUACCUGGGGUCAGUACAUGUGGCUGUCUCUACCUGGGGUCAGUACAUGUGGCUGUCUCUACCUGGGGUCAGUACAUGUGGCUGUCUCUACCUGGGGUCAGUACAUGUGGCUGUCUCUACCUGGGUCAGUACUGGGGUCAGUACAUGUGGCUGUCUCUACCUGGGGUCAGUACAUGUGGCUGUCUCUACCUGGGGUCAGUACAUGUGGCUGUCUCUACCUGGGGUCAGUACAUGUGGCUGUCUCUACCUGGGGUCAGUACAUGUGGCUGUCUCUACCUGGGGUCAGUACAUGUGGCUGUCUCUACCUGGGGUCAGUACAUGUGGCUGUCUCUACCUGGGGUCAGUACAUGUGACUGUCUCUACCUGGGGUCAGUACAUGUGGCUGUCUCUACCUGGGGUCAGUACAUGUGGCUGUGUCUACCUGGGGUCAGUACAUGUGGCUGUGUCUACCUGGGGUCAGUACAUGUGGCUGUCUCUACCUGGGGUCAGUACAUGUGGCUGUCUCUACCUGGGGUCCACAGAAUCACUGUCUAUUCUCAGUGUUAGAUCCUAUUCUUCUCUUUUAUUCACCUUUUACCUCUAACCUGUAAUGUUUUAAGACCUCCACAAAAUAAUAUCUCUCUCUCACGCUCUCUCUCUCUCGCUCUCUCUCUAGGUUUAAUACAGUGUCCAGGCAGUAGGGGGCAGCAUGCCUGAGCAGAGUAAUGACUACAGGGUGGUGGUGUUUGGAGCGGGGGGAGUGGGGAAGAGCUCCCUGGUCCUACGCUUCGUUAAAGGCACCUUCAGGGACACCUAUAUUCCCACUGUGGAGGACACCUAUCGGCAGGUGAGCUGGGGUGGGAGAGGAGAGGAGAGGAAGGAAGACAGAGGCUGCGUCUGGAAUGGCACCCUAAUCCCUGUUUAGUGCACUACUUUGACCAAGGCCUGAACAUAGUGCACUUUAGGGAAUAGGGUUCCAUUUCAGACAAAACCAGAGAGGUGAGGGGGGAGAGGUAGAGAGAUGAGGGGGGAGAGGUAGAGAGAUGAGGGGGGGAGGUAGAGAGAUGAGGGGUAGAGAGAUGAGGGGGGGGGAGAGAGAUGAGGGGGGAGAGGUAGAGAGAUGGGGGGGAGGUAGAGAGAUGAGGGGGGAGAGGGUAGAGAGGUGGAAGGGGAAGGUAGAGAUAGGGGAGGGCAGAGAUGAGGGGGGAGAGAGAUGAGGGGGGAGAGGGAGAGAUGAGGGGGGAGAGAGGUAGAGAGAUGAGGGGGAGAGGUAGAGAGAUGAGGGGGGAGGUAGAGAGAUGAGGGGGGAGAGGUAGAGAGAUGGGGGGGAGAGAGAGUAGAGAGAUGAGGGGGAAGAGGGAGAGUAGAGAUUGAGGGGGGAGAGGUAGAGAGAUGAGGGGGGGGGGGGGUAGAGAGUGUUGGGGAGAGGUAGGAUGAGGGGGGAGAGGUAGAGAGAUGAGGGGGGAGGGGGAGAAGGGGUAGGAGAAUGAGGGGGGAGGUAGAGAGGUAGAGAGAUGAGGGGGAGUAGAGAGAUGAGUGGGGAGAGGUGAGAGAGAUGAAGGGGAGAGGUAGAGGUCGAGAGGUAGAGAGAUGAGGGGGAGAGGUAGAGAGAUGAAGGGGGAGAGGUAGAGAGAUGAAGGGGGAGAGGUAGAGAGAUGAAGGGGGAGAGGUAGAGAAACGGGAGGGAGAGAGAAGAUUCAUUGACAGGUGAUCAGGGAUGGGCAGUAGGCCAACUGCUUUAUCUGAUGCAUAGACAUAAUUACCAUACAUAGUGUGUCCAAUGAUCUGAUACACCAAGUCAAAUGAUACAACUUAGUGAUCAAAAGAGCAUUGAGUAAAAGCAAUGUUUGUCAAUGAAUGACCAUGUAAUAUCCUAAUCAUACUAGUUAUGUGUGUAUGUUUGUGUGUGUCUACAGGUGAUCAGCUGUGAUAAGAGUGUGUGUACGCUCCAGAUAACUGAUACAACAGGUAGUCACCAGUUCCCUGCCAUGCAGAGGCUGUCCAUAUCUAAAGGACAUGCCUUCAUACUGGUCUACUCUGUAACCAGCAAACAGUCACUGGAGGAACUCAAACCUAUCUACCAACAGGUAGGUGUGUGUGAGUGUGUGAGUGAGUGAGUGAGUGUGAGUGUGUGUGUUCUAAUCUCUUCUUCUGUUGUCCAGGUGAUAGCCAUAAAGGGGAACAUAGAGGCCAUCCCCAUCAUGUUGGUGGGCAACAAGAGUGAUGAGACCCAGAGAGAGGUGGAGACUAAAGAUGGAGAAGCACAGGUCUGAAAUGUUACAAUUUUGUAUUUUUCUGACCUGGGUUCAAUAGGCCUACAUAAUGUAAAAUACUUGAAAAUAUUGAUUCAGUUUGGAAUAGUGUCAAAAGUGCAAACACCAAGUUAACUAAAGCUCACCUCAAGGUAUUUGAUAUGUAUAUUUUACCCAGGUCUGGUAAUGUUGGGCCGAUUGCUGUAAAGCGAAUUCCCUAUUAUAAGGACAUUCUACUAACUCCUGUUAAUAACAAUAAUAAUAAUCCUAUUGUGUGGUCUCCCAGGCGACCACGUGGAAGUGUGCGUUCAUGGAGACGUCAGCUAAGACCAACCACAACGUGACCGAGUUGUUCCAGGAGCUACUCAACCUGGACAAGAAGAGAAACAUGAGUCUCAACAUCGACGGGAAACGCUCCGGAAAACAGUCCAGAGCCGAGAGACUGAAGGGAAAAUGUAGCGUCAUGUAGAGAGGAGGAGAGGAGGAGAGGAGAGAGGGAUGGAGAGUAGAGGAAGAGAGAGGAGGGAAGGAAGGAAGGAGGUCACAAGGAAGACGUGAGGAUAGAAGACACACAGAAGAGAGGGAAUGGGAGAGGGAGAGAAGAGAGGGAAAGAGAAGAGCGGGAAUAGACCUCAGGACCACUGUUGGGUUCUAUACCUCUCCCUCAGUAUCCUCCUCUCUCUUCCCCUGUCUGCCUGACCAGGGUCCUAACCCGCCAUACAGUCCCACUGUAGUGAAAAGAUUUGGGGCUAGUCUGAACACGACUCGAACCCGCAACCCUGCAUCUGUCAGCAUCAGUCCAACACCUCAGCCAUUACACCGUGAGGUCCCAACUUCUUGGCGAGGUCACUAGAUGUUACACUAGGGACACUACAACAUAAUGUACAUAUCCUAUGUAUACACGGCCUCCCUCCCGAUCCCCUCUGAAAGAUACAGACAAUAUACCCCCUAACCGUCUCUAACUGUCAUCAUGCAAAAUGGAGAAUCCUCUUAACGCAUCAUUCAAAAUGGCUUCUAAAUCAUUAUUUGAACUGGAGAAAUGUCUGACAUCAACAAUCCCUCUAAGACUUUAGCUCCGUGUCAAACAAGGGAAGGACAGUGGUUCACGUCUGACCUGGAAUCCGAGGAAAGGGAUCCUGGGAAAGAAAGACGUGGCAGUUGGACUGAAAUGUUAAGAAGUCUGCCUGGGACACUUGGUAGUUGGACUGAAAUGUUAAGAAGUCUGCCUGGGACACUUGGUAGUUGGACUGAAAUGUUAAGAAGUCUGCCUGGGACACUUGGUAGUUGGACUUUGGUUGGAUGGAUGAUGGACUUGGAAUAUUUGGAGUGGACUUGGUGCAUGUGAAGAGGUAUUAGAUAUGUUCGAGGUGGGAUUUGGGAGAUUGGCUGUGAAAAUCGUAAUUGGACUGGGAAUACUGUAGAUGAUGUCGUUGGGAAUGUUUGCGUCGGUUGGCUUUGGCCCUUGUUUCAUGUGAGGAGCCUUUCUGUUGGCCUUGUGUUUCCCAUGCCAAGCAGCUGAAUCCUCUUCAUACACAGAGAAGCACAGAGAGGAUGGAGUGACGACUACUCGACGGUGGAAAGACACUCGAUUAGUUUAACGCCAUGCAAAUAACAUCACAUUGCACUUUAUAU